CACACACACACACCCCAUGCCCGCAGGCGUGACGGAAACCAAUCAUAACGCAGGCAGUGGCAGCCGCUUUGGAAGCGGCAGUCGGGGAAGUCCGGCCUCGCGCAUGCGCCACGGAGUGAGGAGGGGGGCGCGGGAGCAAGAGGGUGGUUGCCGGCGCCUGCGCCUUGGGAGCAAAGAGACGGCGGCCUUGACAGCUUGCGCCUGGAGCAGCGGCGCUGGCAGGCGCGCGGAAGGGGCGCUCGGGUGGAGAGAGGAGGAGCCGCCGCCGCCGACGCCCGGGCACGGAGAGGGUCCCCCAGGUCCUGCGCCUCCGCUGCUGCUGCCGCCGCCGCCGCCGCCGUUGUCUGGGCCUGCUCUAGCCGCCGCCGGAGUCCCGGCCCCUCCCGCAGGGAGGCAGCGGGGUCCCGGCCGGAGCCGACGGCACAGGCGGGACCAUGUCCGGGCGCGCCCAGAGCAGCAAACUGUCCACGACGGACCGCAUCGUGAAGGCUGUCCCUUUCCCUCCCACACAGCGGCUGUCCCUGAAUGAAGUUUUUGAGGAUGGGAAGCCCAGGUUGGAGGUAUUAAAAAACCACAUGGUGAAAGAAGGGCGCCUAGAAGAAGAGGCAGCACUGAAGAUAAUCAAUGAUGGGGCUGCCAUUUUGAGGCAUGAGAAGACUAUGAUUGAAGUUGAAGCUCCAAUCACAGUGUGUGGUGACAUUCACGGGCAGUUCUUCGACCUGAUGAAGCUGUUUGAAGUUGGAGGAUCACCCAAUAACACUCGCUACCUCUUCCUGGGAGACUACGUGGACAGAGGCUACUUCAGUAUAGAGUGUGUACUGUAUUUAUGGAGUUUAAAGAUAAACCACCCCAAAACACUUUACCUACUCCGAGGGAACCACGAGUGCAGGCACCUCACAGAAUACUUCACCUUUAAACAGGAAUGUCGAAUCAAGUACUCGGAGCGGGUGUAUGAUGCAUGCAUGGAUACAUUUGACUGUCUUCCUCUUGCCGCCCUCUUGAACCAGCAGUUUCUGUGCGUACAUGGAGGGCUCUCCCCAGAAAUCACAUGUCUAGACGACAUUAGGAAAUUAGACAGGUUUAAGGAGCCUCCAGCCUUUGGUCCAAUGUGUGACCUGCUAUGGUCUGAUCCAUCAGAGGAUUAUGGCAACGAGAAGACGCUGGAACAUUUUACCCACAAUACAGUUCGAGGAUGCUCUUAUUUCUACAGUUAUCCUGCAAUUUGUGAAUUUUUGCAAAACAAUAAUUUGUUAUCUGUGAUCCGAGCACACGAAGCCCAGGAUGCAGGGUACCGAAUGUACAGGAAGAGCCAAACUACAGGUUUUCCAUCCCUAAUCACAAUCUUUUCUGCACCAAAUUACCUAGAUGUCUAUAACAACAAGGCUGCUGUGCUGAAAUAUGAAAAUAAUGUCAUGAACAUCAGGCAGUUCAACUGUUCUCCACACCCCUACUGGCUUCCAAAUUUCAUGGAUGUUUUCACGUGGUCUUUGCCUUUUGUGGGGGAAAAGGUUACAGAGAUGCUGGUUAACAUCCUCAACAUCUGCUCCGAUGAUGAGCUGCUUUCAGAUACAGAUGAUGCAUUGGAAGAUAACUACAUUUCAAGCUAUCCGAAAGUAAGCACAACUGACCGCAAAGAGAUCAUCAGGAAUAAGAUCAGGGCCAUUGGGAAGAUGGCACGUGUUUUUUCAGUUCUUCGAGAGGAGAGUGAGAGUGUGCUGACACUCAAAGGCCUGACUCCCACAGGUACUCUGCCCCUGGGAGUCCUCUCAGGGGGGAAACAGACUCUACAGACUGCCACAGUAGAAGCGGUAGAGGCACGGGAAGCCAUCCGUGGAUUUUCACCACAGCACAAGAUCCGCAGCUUCGAAGAAGCCAGGGGCCUGGACCGCAUUAAUGAGCGCAUGCCACCACGCAGGGAUGCAAAGCACCCAGACUUAACCUCAACAAACUCUGUGGACAAGAACGGGACAGGGAAGAAAGCCUAGUAACAGUGCAAGAGCCCAGUCUGUAUCACUAAAGGAUCCAAAACUUAAUGAAUUCUAUUUAUUUAUUAUGAAGGUGGGGGGAGGGGUGGGGGGGGGAAGAAACCAACUUAUCCUGGAGGGACGUCCAUAAUCCAAUUUGCAUUCAUUCUGUAAGAGAGGUGACCAUUUUGUAAGUUUUUUAAAAUUUUAUGUUCACUAUAUAAAGUCAUCUUUUUUUUUUAAUUUAGAGAAGGGUCUAAAAUUAAAUACUAGUGCAUACCAAGUGGCGGUCUGUACAGGUGGCCCAUCUGUACUCAGGGGGAGGGAGAGGAAAACAAACAGUCUAGGGGCACCUCUGGCAUCUGAUUUAUUGGAACAGUUUUAAAUUAUCCUCUUUGGGUUUUUUAGUGGCAUCUUUCAUUUGAAAACCACCCUUUUCUCUUCCCAGCUUUCGCUGUUUUUAAUUUUCUCACGCAUCUGAUGCUCCAGCAGUUGACAUCCAUUAAAGGCAUGUUGCAGAGGGCAAUUAGUGAACUCUCUCCUUUUUGGGAACAUUUUAUCAGCGGCAAAUGUUUGAAAUAUAUAGAUCUGGCUCUAGAUGAGUUGCUGGAACUGGGGAAUGAGAACCUCCCUUCUCCUCUUCACUGCCCUCAAAUAUUCCUGUUUCCCUUCCGGAAUCCAGUUUCAGUGGAGAAAAACACACACCCCAAACACCUCUUGGAAUAAACCCAAUGGGUGAGCUUCAAUGAAUGUGAUCCUGCGGCCUCCAUUGAUGUGAAAGCAUUGCACUCUUGAGUUCACCCAGCAGGCUGCUUGUGCUAUUCAUGAAUAUAGCCAUAUUUGGCAUGCGUCAAACACCACACAGGUGGGAUUUAUGUCUGCUACUUUGACAUGAGCACAGCCUCCACAGAUUGUCAUGGAGCCCUGAUCUGGCUGUGAAAAGCUGCACGAGAUGAAUAUUUUGGGAAAAGGACCUUCCUCCUUCCCACAUCCUGCCCGUCCCCUCUCACUGUGCUAUAUAAUAGCUGCUCAACUGCUGAAGCCUAGCACAAAACAGAUCAGUGACUUGUCCACAAUGGGGCCUUCUACAUUCCCUGUUCAAUGCUUUAGAACGAAACUGGUACCAUGGGAAACAGGAGAUAUAGGAAUAAAGUUUUGGUUGUGCUGUGGAGUUUUGCACACCAGCCACACUUUCCCUCAUGUCUCAGGGGGCUUCAAAGUUGGUUCUGCAGAUAUUGUUGGACUACAGCAUGCAUCAUCCUCGGCCACAAUGGCCAAAGGAUGGCCAUUUGGUGGGAGCUGCCGUCCAACAACAUCUGACAAACCAACUUUGAAAAUCCCUGCCUUCUCUGGAUUGUAGCACUCAGAUGCCAAGGCUAGUCUGUCUUGCAUCUGCCAUGUGCACAGGCGGGGGGAACGCAUGCAGGCUGUGGACUGGCGUUGAGGGAGCCUUCAUAGGGCUCAGUGAGAACAAGCAGGCCUGAAAGGGCCCUUCCUUGACGUCGGCGUUCAGCUGACAACCCUCCCUUAUGCUGAGCAUAAGAGGUUUCUCAGUCAUCCCAAGAGGACAGGUCAGCCAGUGUGGCUGUUGAUCCAUUAGGCUUGCAAAGCAUGACCUUCCACAUGAUGCUAGAGAAGUCUUGACCAGCAAAGUUUGGUUUCCAUAAUCACAGCAUCCUUUGCCAGCAUCAGGUCAGAGGUCUGGGGCACACAUUCUUAUCAUUUUCUGGCCCACGCCAUGCAUCUCUUGGUAGAUCGGACCCAUUGGCCUGUCCUUUUAAGCAGGCAGCAUGGCCGAAGGGGACCAUCAGGGCUACGAGACAGGAGGCCCUGCUGCUUUCUUCCCUCUCGCUAGACCAAGCUCCAAAAAUGGCCGCUGAGAGUCGCUUUGCUCUGUGUGUUGGCAAGGGUGUUCCGAGCUAUGCUUUGCUGCAGGCAAGCAUCUGCCCCUAAAAACAGCAGACACAUGCCUGAAUGACCUUGGUUCCCUGGCAUAUGUCCCUUGUGUGUAAAGGGAUACCCAUCUUUGUGUUAACUGAAGACAAUGCCAAGGUGGCCACAGCUGCCCCAUUGCCACGUAGAUUGUGAAGUGGCUUUGAGUCUCCAGGUUGAUAACUGGCAACCCUGAGCCUGCCUCAUCCUCAAAGAGGUUGGAGACCUCUGGCAGCAUAUCUCACAUUUCUCUUGAAGUGUAAUGAAGAAGAAGCAGAUUGAUAGGCAGAACAUCUGUCUUGUUCUUUGCCAGACAUCGUUAAAAACCCACUGUAGGUCUUAACCGUGCAUGCAAACGUUUGCUACAGCCCAAACCAGAGCCCAGAAUAGUCAUGUUGUCGUCCUGUGAGCAGUGGUGGUGAUGGGCCUGCUCUGUAUGGAAGGCAAGGCAGUGUGUGUGCGUGCUGCAAGAACGAAGUUGUAGGUCAGAGGUAGGCAACCUUGGCACUCUAGCUGGUGUUGAACUACAACUCAAUGAAUUGUGGCUGGGGGUGUUGGGACUUGUAGUUCAACAAUAGCUGGAGAGCCAAGGUUGCCUGCCCCUGCUAUAGGCGGUGCUGAGGCAUUCUAGGGGAAAAGGGAGAGGGGAGAAAUGUAAGGGGGCUGUUAUCACUUCUGCUCUUUCCGAACAUGUGAAUGAGUGAUUAAGUGGCAUUGCACAGGGAAACCUCUGUAGAGCUGAGAGGAGAGGCUUUUGGAAUAGAAAUGACUGGCCGGCAGCUGGAGCCUAAUGUCUGGUUCUUUAAAGGAAAUUUGUUUCAGGUCUGAGUUGCAAGCUGGGGAAUUGUCUUGUAACGUGCCAAAGAACAGCAAUUGCACAGAUGCGUUGUGCUUUGAAACUGGGAUCCCCGUCUGCAGAGUAAUGAGCUUGGCUAGUUUUUCUUUAUUCUGACUCUGAUGGAAACCAGGCGCGCCCGUGUGUGUGAGAGAGAGAAAUUAAACGCAGACUUGGUCACGUCGGAAAGAGGUGCAGGCGGGCACCCUCCCUCUGCAGUGACCUCGCUUAGUUCAGCCACACAGCCCCUUCCUGGCUCUGGUUGUGGUAGGUUUGAAUCAGUCUUCCGCAGACAAUUCUGACUUUCAGCCUCUCACAGCUUAGUGGCUUAAGCAAAACGAACUAUCAGGUUGUUCAGGACUAUCCUUUGAAAGCAAAGGAUUCCUUGCCAUCACUUUUUUCCCUUCAGUUUGUACUUGAGCUUUCCCCAUAUAAAUUCCCCUCUUCAGAAUUCAAACAUUGUCAGAAUUCAGACAUUUGUCUACAUUUCAGAGCAGGGUGCCAUUUGGGGAUUAUGUACUCUUAAGCUGCCUAUUACCAUCCUUUUUACAUGAACUGUUGUUUUGAAACUGUGAAUGUUCCUUUGGAAAAGGAAGAAUUCAGUUUGUGUUUAAACUGUGUGCGCCUCUUGUGGUUUUUUGCUGGAUCUCUCUAUGGCACCUUCUCUCUUAGAAGGGCAGUGGUAGUGGCAUGCCCUUUCCUCAGAGAGAGACCUCAUGCUUACUACCAGGUAACCAGAUGCAGACAGUCUGGCCUUGGCUGAAGUGGGCCACAAGCUUUAAUGGAUUAUAUAAGAUAUGGUUACUGCAAUAUCAUAUCUACCUGAUAUGAUAUCAUGAUAUGGUUACUGUUGUCUCAAUGCAUAUUCCUAGGACUGUGUGGACUUCCACCCACACCAUUAGACUUCCUUCCUUGCUUGUUUACAGAACACAUAAGCAAUGAGACCCAUUCAGUGGGCAGGCACCACUUGUGUUUAUGUAAAUAUGCAAGAAAGUCUUAACUUGGUGGGUAGAAAUCUUUAUAUGUCCCAGGAAGUCCUGAGGAGCAAAUGUACCUCCUAAGCCAUAAGAUUCUGAGGCAAGUUAUAUCACAGAAGUCAUGGUUGCCUAGCUGGGUCUGUCUUUUUCUCUUGACAUGAGAAAGAUAUUAUCCAGGUACUUGUUCUUCUUGUUAAUACUGUAAGAAAUUCAAUUUUUGGCAACUGUCUGCGCCUCUUUUCAUUGACUCUCAUGGCUUGGCACAUGGACUGCUGGUUAGAGGUUCGUUAAAAGGAGAAGGCAUUUGGGCCCUGGAAUUCCAGGGUUUGGGUUUGUCUAGCUAGAUCAUCCUCAUCAUCUUUCUUUUCUUCCUGCCCUCAUCUCUUUGUUCCCCACUUCUGCCUCCCCCACCACUCAAGAAAUAACAGUCUUAAACAAAUGCUGCUUGCUUGCUUGCUAGCAAAUCUUUCUGGACUGACUACUGGUACCCUGCGCAUCAAGAAUGAGUCAUCCGCUUGGUGUCCCUCAUGCCCUCAAAGUAGCUUCUCACUGAAUCACGGUUGUUUGUCAAGAGGCGGGGGGAGAUGAUAGUUGCUGAAAUGGCAGUGCCAAGUCUACCCGCACCCCCCAGUAAUGCCAAAGAAGCCCCAUUAUCAGUUGGGUAGCUUGAAAAGUAGGUGCAGGAGUGACUCCUCACUUCUGCAGGCAGGAGCGCUGGGAUUUCCCCCCUUUCCCCCCAGCAUCCUUGUGAUGCCCGGAAGAAAAAGGUGUUCCACACACGACAUUCAACGACAUUCAACUCGCUUGCUCUCAGGCCCAGCCCAGGCUCUGGUUGCUAGGGGAACGCUGGUGUGGAGGCUUCUGGUUUCCUCAGUGCAGAUUUCAGUAUUCUUGUGGAGAGUGGGCAUCAGCAGCAGCACCAUUGCAGGGGGAGUGGGUGUUGCCCCCUGAUGUGCUAAUGCUUGUUCCUCUAACACACUCAGCUGGCACCCCUUUUCAGUGAGAGGGUUAGUUAAAUCCUAGUACCUGGGAAAGUGAGGCAGGAGGCAGGCCUUGGCCUGGGAAAGGAAUGAACUCUCUCAAGCUGCUGCCAUCCAGGACCCUUUUGAGAUCCUUUCUGCUUUUGCCACCUAGGCAAGCAGAAGUUGGAAAUGCAGUGUUGAAACCAACUUCCAGUAUUGAACACCGAAGCCUUUUACUACUUGGGCCUCCUUUUUCCUUCCUUCCCCCGGGGAAGGGUGGUCUUAAAGCAAAUGCCACAUGCUGGCAAACCAUGCUUUCUGGCCAGCAAAAGUACUGUCCAAAGCUGCCCCCUUCUGCCAUGGUCAGCCCCAGUUUCUCUAAGGUCCUGUGCCAAUGUAACAUUUCUUGAUCUCUUAACCAGAUUUUGAAAUGGGGUUGGAGCUGGUGAGGGAACCUCCUUAGUGGAAACUGUGGUUCAGGCCAGGACAGACAUAAGCCUUAAGCAUGGUUAAAGCAUGGUGGAUUGGAGGGGGGUGUUAAUCUGUGAGAGGGGAGGGCUUGGGGAAAGGGAGCACCUGACCUUGCAGCCACUCCUGAUCUCCCGUAGUUAAAAGACAGCAAGCAUUACACCUGCAGCAACCCUUAGAACAGUCUCCAGUUGCAAGUUGGCAACUCAAGGGGUUGAGUUCCAAGAGGAGCAGCCGUUAACCACAUCAGAAGGUCACAUCCCAGUUGAUGCAACCUGUCUAUGACUCCUGUCCUUUUCAGACCAUGCUGGGUUGAACUGGGCUUGAGUCUCCAUAUUGUCCUCUCUUUUCCACCACAAAAGCUUUGGAAAUGGAUUUGGGCUGCUUUCCCAAGCCCACCUUCUGAAGAGCCAGCCGUGAGUCUGUCUUGGAGCUGUGAAUAUCUGAAGAUGUCUUGUCUCAGCUCCUUUUCCCACCCACUUCUCUCCAUUCUUCCCUCUCUUUUUUUUUUUUUUAAAAGGGAAAGGAAAAAAACCCCAAACAAAUCCAGGAACAGAAUCUUCAGCAAGACUUGCAAAAGGGGGGUGGAGGGUGGGAAGGCCAAGUAGUAGCCCACAGCCCACGGGGUUUCCAGAGUGUUAAAGGCAGUGCGCACUGCCCCUUUGGGUGAGGUUGCCCACGUGCAGCCGAUCAUAAUUUUUUUAAAAACAAGGAAUAAUCUUGCAUGUUAAAAGCAAGGUGCAUGUAACGAGGAGGGGAAUCCACAAUGGGUCUUCCAAGCUUCAGGAACCAAAGGUGCUUUCACCUCAUUGAAGAGAACCUCUCUGCCACGGUGCCACAGCUCACUCGCCCCUCCCUGGGAGCCUGAUCUCGCUAGACUCCCACCAGAGCACCUUGCAAGCUUUGCUCAUCCCAUCCAAGGUGGAGUUUUCAGCCCUGGGAAUGUUGGUGAGGACGGAGGAGGUUCUUGAUUCUGAAGUGGUGUCUGCCCAUUGCCUGGAGGCUGUCUCCUUCAUUUUUCUUGCUCUCUCUCUUUUUUAGUUAUGUUUAAAGAAGAAUGGUGAACAAUGUUAUUUAUUGGCAGAAAUUAAUAUAAUUUCUCUUUUGUGAACAAGGAAUGGAUUUGUUAGAACUGUCUUAAUGUAAAUUGGAAGGUCAUCUUUAAGAAGAAAAAAGUUAAAAAUUAAAUGACAGUUGUUUGGC